AUCUUGUAAGUGUUCUAAAAGAAGCUUCUUGCCCUCCUCUUCGCUCACCAUGGACCGCUCGGCGCAGGAACUGUUUCUCAACUUCAUGAUCGUCCUUAUCACUGUGCUUCUGAUGUGGCUACUGGUGAAAACUUACCAGGACUGAAACAUGGAGUCACGAGGCGAGAGGAAAGCAGGAGGCGGAGGGAACAAAGGGAGAGAUGGAGAGAGCUGGUUCUUGCUAGAUGUCUAAAUACAGCGUUUACAUUUUUUGAGUCUUUUUAGUCUAUGAAAUCAUAAGAAGACCUAUGCACAGUUCCAGUCUUCAUUUAGGGUCAAAUAUUCUAUUUAUGUAUCUGCUGUCUGAGAUACAUGAAGUUUCUAAAGUUAUAAAAAAGGUGGAGAAGCACUAAAGAGAUGGGAGUGUGAUAAAAAUAAAAAACAACGUACAAGCA